AUGGGGAUCGUGGACGAUGCAAAGAAUUUCAUAACAGAAAAGGUGUCGAACAUGCCGAUGCCGGAGGCCAGCAUAAAGGACAUGGAUCUCAAGGGUGUUGGCUUCAAUGGAAUCACCUACCUCGUCAAGGUCUCGGUCUACAAUCCAUACGGCGUCUCCAUUCCCAUCGGCGAAAUAACCUACAAAUUCAAGAGCGCCGAGCGGGACGUGGCGACAGGGUCGAUCCCUGACCCGGGCUCGCUCUCGGCCAAGGCCGACACCGAGCUCGAGGUCACCGUCAAGGUGCCGCAUAGCGCCAUCGUCAGCUUGGUUCGCGACGUGGCCCCAGAUUGGGACAUCGAUUACGUGCUCGAAAUGGGGUUGAUCGUCGAUCUUCCGGCCAUCGGAAAUGUCACCAUUCCAAUGUCGUAUCAAGGUGAGUUGAAACUGCCCUCCUUUCUCAAGGGGGAUUCGGAGCCGCCAUCGGAGUCGGCGGCCGACACCGAGAAGGAGAAGGAGAAGAAGUGA